AUGACGUCACCGUCCAGUCGCGGCUGAGCUCGAUCAAGGCAAAAGCUGUAAUUGGUGAGAUCACGAGGUUGCUCGUACAAAGCUUCAGAAAGAUGUAUUAACAGCAGACGGCGAGGUGACCGCCAUACGGGCUAAACAAGCUGACUUCCAAUGGCUGUGGUGCUCCAAGCCGCAGCAGCCGCGGGCGGCCUAGUGGGCCGUUUCCUCAACAUGUUGACAGACAUAUUCCUCACGACGCCGCUGAAAGCCACCCUCGAACAUCUAGAAGAAGCCCAGCUUACGACUUUGACUGCUGAGAAGAAGAAAUUUAAAGCCAAGUCCCUGUGGGAGGAGACUGGCGCCGUCAUCAUGGCGGUGCGCAGGCCAGGAUGAUUUCUGUGCAGAGAGGAGGCUUCAGAGCUGUCCUCUCUAAAGCCCCAGCUGGACAAGCUCGGGGUUCCGCUGUACGCUGUGGUUAAGGAGAACGUGGGAAAUGAGGUCCAAAACUUCCAGCCAUUCUUUGACGGGGAGAUCUUCUUGGAUGAAAAGAGGCGAUUUUUCGGGCCUCGUGAGCGACGUUUGGGCCUUCUUGCAUUUCUUCGUACGGGGGUGUGGAAGAAUGGCCUGAGAGCCUUUGGAAAGGGCUUCAAGGGGAACAUCUUGGGAGAGGGUUUCGUGCUAGGUGGCGUCUUUGUUGUUGGACCUGACCAACAGGGAAUUUUGCUGGAACACAGAGAGGUUGAGUUUGGAGAUAAGGUCAACACUGAAGAUGUGAUUGAAGCUGUUGGAAAAAUAGGGCAGGAACUUCAGCCCAUGAAAAAUCUUACAGAGUAAGCUGAAAACAUGGUUGACUUGUGUAGUAAAAGCCUCCCAGUCGGUUUAUGACAGUCUGUUUUAAAACUCUAUGGAGCAAGCAGACUUGAUG